AUGGAAUUGAUGCAACUGAAGCAAGAUUCCCUAUCUGUGGCGGACUACACAAGCAAGUUUGAGGAACUCUGUAGGUUUUCUAAGGUAUGUCAGGGUGCCCCGGAGACUUAUGAGAGUUGGAAGUGUAUUAAAUACCAAAGGGGGCUGAAGGAUAAAAUUAUGACUGCCGUGGCUCCUUUGGAGAUCCGUGUCUUCUCCGACAUAGUGAACAAAGCAAGGGUGGUUGAGGAGUAUGCCAAGACGGUAGCUUCAUCCAAGGAAACUCAUGGAGGGAGUUCUAGUCGAGGACGUGGCAAGUAUUUUCAUCCGAGAGGACAAAGCUUUAAGAGAGGAGGAUAUAUGCCUCAAGGGCAAGGAGGCUUCAGAAAGAACACCCAUGAUCAGUUUCAGCGUGGCAAAGGGAGAGGAAAUCAGAGUAAGAGUUCUCCAAAUUUAGCUUGUGUGGGUGCUUCAAACUGUGGGUUACCUGGCCAUAUUGCGAGGGAUUGCACUCGUGGGAGGAACUCGACUGCGGGUCAGAGUCAGCAUCAGAGUCGAGUUUUUGCUGUGAAUGCCAAGGAUGCUUCCAUGGCGGAUCCAUUGAUGAGAGGUAUUUGUUUAAUUGGUGAUAAGACCUUAAUUGCAUUGUAUGAUACUGGGGCUUCGUAUUCGUUUAUUUCGUUUGCUAAAGUUGAGAAACUAGGCUUGAAAGUGUCAGAGUUACCAUUUGAUCUGCAUAUGAUUUUGGGAUUUGAUUGGUUGUCAAAGAACCGGGUUUUGUUGGAUUACUUUGAACGGACAAUUCAGUUUAUGCCAGAAGGAGAAAAUAGAGUAGUGAUAGCUGAAGGUUACUACCUAAACUCGGUGAUGGUGCAUUGUAGUGGGGAAGAGUAG